CCAUACGCAAAGGGCUUGUGCUGAAUAAAAGAAAACAACCAAAUAAUUUAUGCUAUUCGCACCUCACCGCGGGACACGUAUCUCUUGACCAAAACUGACGAGGAAAAGAUUGUUAACGGAUGGGCAGUGUAGUGGAAAUUGUGGGAGCAUUGCUGUUUGUUGUUGGGGACUAGAUUCUGUAGAGCGGAAGGCAAAGUGGCCGGGACUCCUUCCUCACCCUGCUUGUGUGUUGGCUGAAUGGAGGAGAGACUCUUCCUGGUGAAUAAACAGUGACAGCUAUAGGGCAGAUACUUAUACCCAUUUCAUAGCACGGGUAUACACCUUAUACUUUACAUUUAAACAACACAGAAAUGGCUUCUGACAGUAAACUCAUCGCGCAAUUGAAAUCUGAGCUGUACUUCCUAAUAGCCCGAUUUCUGGAAGCAGGACCCUGUCAAAACGCAGCUGAGGUUCUGAUAAAAGAAGUGGAGGAGAAGGAGCUGUUGCCGAAAAGAAUCGACUGGACGGGGAAAGAGCAUCUCGGGACUUAUGAAAAUUUGGUUAAGAUUUACAGGCAUAUAGCUCCAGAUCAUUUGCUGCAAAUAUGUCAAUGCAUCGGACCCGUGCUGGAGAAGGAGAUUCCACCGAGUGUACCUGGGGUGCACUCUUUACUGGGAGCGGGCCGCCAGUCUCUGCUUCGCACCAACAAAAGCUGCAAACAUGUGGUUUGGAAGGGAUCUGCUCUUGCAGCUCUGCACUGUGGAAGGCCUCCUGAGCCACCAUUAAACUACGGACACCCGGCAAAUAUAGUGGAAACCGCCUAUGGAAGACGGCUAAAUGGGAGUUACAGACUUGGACAACUUGUCCCCACUGCUGUCUAUCAGCAUAUGAAGAUGCACAAACGAAUUCUAGGACACCUGUCUUCAGUUUACUGCGUCACAUUCGAUCGAACUGGCAGAAGGAUAUUUACAGGCUCGGAUGAUUGUUUAGUUAAGAUCUGGGCAACUGAUAAUGGCCGGCUGUUAGCCACACUGAGAGGACACGCGGCUGAGAUCUCUGACAUGGCUGUGAAUUAUGAGAACACCAUGAUUGCUGUAGGCAGCUGUGAUAAAAUGAUAAGAGUCUGGUGUCUUCAAACCUGUGCCCCCCUUGCUGUUCUAGAAGGCCAUGAGGCAUCUAUCACAUCACUGCAGUUUUCUCCACUGUGCAGCGGCUCCAAGAGAUAUCUGUCUUCCACCGGGGCAGACGGCUCCAUUUGUUUCUGGCAGUGGGAUGCCAGGACAUUAAAAUUUAGUCAGCGACCAAGUAAAUUUACAGAAAGGCCAAGACCUGGAGUCCAAAUGAUCUGUUCUUCCUUCAGUGCUGGUGGAAUGUUCUUGGCUACAGGAAGCACAGAUCAAAUAAUUAGAGUGUAUUUCUUUGGAUCAGGACAGCCUGAGAAAAUAUCUGAAUUGGAAUCUCAUACUGAUAAAGUGGACAGCAUACAGUUCUCUAACACUGGUGAGAGGUUCGUCAGUGGAAGCCGAGAUGGAACUGCACGCAUCUGGCAGCUCCACCAACAGGCUUGGAGAAGCAUUUUGUUAGACAUGACUACCAAGUUGUCUGGGAACAAUCCUCCAGGGUUGGAAGACAAAGUAACUAAAGUGAAAGUUACGAUGGUGGCUUGGGACCGACAUGACAACACUGUAAUCACAGCAGUGAAUAACCUUACACUCAAGGUUUGGAACUCCUACACUGGGCAGCUGAUACAUGUCCUCAUGGGACACGAAGAUGAGGUGUUCGUACUUGAACCUCAUCCAUUUGAUCCCAGGGUGCUCUUUUCUGCAGGGCAUGACGGGAAUGCCAUAGUGUGGGAUCUGGCAAGAGGUGUCAAAAUUCGAUCCUACUUCAACAUGAUUGAAGGCCAGGGCCACGGUGCUGUGUUUGACUGUAAAUGCUCACCGGAUGGACAACACUUUGCAUGUACAGACUCCCAUGGUCACCUCCUCAUCUUCGGCUUUGGCUCCAGCAGCAGAUACGACAAGAUAGCAGACCAAAUGUUCUUCCACACUGACUACCGGCCUCUAAUCCGUGAUGCCAACAACUAUGUGUUGGAUGAGCAAACCCAGCAGGCUCCACAUUUAAUGCCUCCUCCGUUUUUGGUGGAUGUGGAUGGCAACCCUCACCCUUCUAGAUACCAGAGACUGGUUCCAGGACGAGAGAACUGCAGGGACGAGCAGCUCAUUCCCCAGAUGGGUGUCACUUCCUCUGGGCUAAAUCAAGUUCUUAGUCAGCAGGCGAACGACGGAUCAAGUCCCCUAGACACCAUGAUUCAGCGGUUACAGCAAGAGCACGAUCAAAGGAGCAGCGGCUUGAACAGAGGAAGCAGAGGUUCUGUGAGUUCUUCCUCAGAGGUGCACUCACCACCCAACGUGGGGCUGAGGCGCAGUGGUCAGAUUGAAGGGGUACGACAGAUGCACAGCAAUGCACCGAGGAGUGAAAUUGCCACUGAGAGAGACCUUGUAGCCUGGAGUCGAAGAGUGCUGGUGCCAGAGCUACCUCCAGGCAUAUCCAGGAAGCAGGAACAAGUGAGAACUGCCAAGGGAGAAGAGGAGAUAAGCAUUUACAAAUUAGAGAAGAAAAAGAGAACAGUGCCAAGUCAUAUUCAGAGGGAAGCUAAGAACCAUGGACCUGAGUCACUGAGUGACGGUGGGGAGACGAGGAGAAUGCAGGUGAACCAGCACAACUACCAUACGAGAGCAGCGGUGGAGGAGACUAGUAGGCAGGGGGACACAGCUGAGGAGGAGAACAGCUCCUCAGAGGAGGGUGAAGUUCGUCCUGCAAGUGGUGAAACAUCAGACGAGGAGGGAAGGGCCUGGCCAAGUGACAGCAGCAGCUCCAGUGACUACACAAGUGAUUAUUCUGACUGGACAGCAGAUGCUGGCAUCAACCUGCAACCACCAAAGAAAACUGUUCGACACAAAAAAAAGAAAAAUGCAAGCAGUUCAGAGGAGGAUGGGGAGAAGAAAAAGGAAAAAGAGAACAAAAAGGAGAGGAAGAAAGAAAAACUAGAUAAAGAUGGUGCGUUACCAAAGAAAAAGAAGCCAAAGGAAAGAAGAAUGAAGAGACUUCCAGCGGAAGAGUUCCAAGAGCAAGGUCUGACUCUGGAGGAAUGGCUGCCUUCACCAUGGAUCACAGACACUGUCCCACGGAGAUGCCCUUUCAUACCACAGAUGGGAGAUGAGGUGUACUAUUUCCGUCAGGGUCAUGAAGCUUAUGUGGAAAUGGCCAAGAAGAACAACAUUUUUAGUAUAAACCCUAAAAAGCAGCCCUGGCACAAGAUGGAGUUAAGGGAGCAAGAGCUGAUGAAGAUUGUUGGGAUCAAAUAUGAAGUGGGACUGCCCACCCUAUGCUGUCUCAAACUGGCUUUCCUUGACCCUGAUACUGGUAAACUGACAGGAGGAUCCUUCUCCAUGAAGUACCAUGAUAUGCCAGAUGUUAUUGAUUUCCUAAUUCUUAGGCAACAGUUUGAAGACACAAGGACAAUACCGUGGCGUAUAGGUGAUCGCUUCCGUUCUGUGAUUGAUGACGCCUGGUGGUUUGGAACAAUUGAAAGCCAGGAGCCAUUUCAAACUCAGUAUCCUGAUAGCUCAUUCCAGUGCUACAAUGUCUGCUGGGAUAAUGGUGAUACAGAGAAGAUGAGUCCGUGGGAUAUGGAAAUCAUUCCCAAUGAUGCGGUUUUUCCAGAUGAGCUGGGGCUAAGUGUCCCUCUUACAGAGGACGAGCAUCGGCAGCUGCUUUACAUACCUUUAGAGGGAGAAUGGGGCCCCCGAACCAGGGACGAGGAGUGCCAGAGAAUCAUUGCUGGAAUCAAUCAGCUAAUGAAGCUAGACAUUGCUGCACCAUUUGUAGCACCUGUGGAUCUUCAAGCAUAUCCUACAUAUUGCACUGUAGUGGCAUAUCUCACUGACCUAGGCACAAUACAAGAGAGGCUAGAGAACAGGUUUUACAGGCGUUUAUCUUCACUGAUGUGGGAAGUUCGAUACAUAGAACACAACGCGCAAACCUUUAACGAACCUGGAACUCCUAUCGUAAAAACUGCCAAAUUUGUUUCUGACCUAAUGCUGCAGUUCAUUAAAGACCAUAGCUGCACAGAUAUAAUUCCACUCUACAGUAGCAUGAAGAAGAAAACAUUCUCAGACUCUGAAGAGGAGGAUGAAGAUGAGGAUACAGACGCUCCAAGUACUUCAACUAGGAAAAAGAAGGAGCACAAACCCAUUAGGAAGCUACGUAAUAAUGCCCAGUCUUACGAUGACCAGGUGUGGAAAACUCAGUGCAAAGAGCUGCUGGAUCUGAUAUUUCAAUGUGAAGACUCAGAGCCUUUCCGGCAGCCUGUUGACCUUCAAGAGUAUCCGGAUUACAGGGACAUCGUUGACACCCCAAUGGAUUUCAGUACGGUGCGAAAGACUCUUCAGGCUGGAAACUAUGAGUCACCGACAGAGCUGUGCAAGGAUGUGAGGCUUAUAUUUAGCAAUUCCAAGGCUUACACACCAAGCAAGAAGUCAAGGAUUUACAGCAUGAGCCUGCGGCUAUCAGCUCUGUUUGAAGAGCAUGUCAGUGUUAUUCUGUCGUGCUAUAAGUCUGCCCAUCGAUUCCAUGCAGCAAAUAAGCUAACCAGACAGAGGAAGAAAAGGCGGAGAAGUGCCUCCCCUUCUAGCAGUGCUGCUUCCAGCCCUGAAAGGAAGCGACAGGCAGUGAAGUCCCAGAUGAAGCCAGAGCUCUCUGCCUCCUCUCCUUCCCUGGGAGCCUCUCGAUCCCCAUCACUCCGCCAGGCUGCCGCUCAGUUGAACGGGAAGGCUGUGGAAUCUGCAGCUGUCAUUCGGACAAGAAGCACCAGGCGGUUUGGAAACCUUUCUGUCGCUCCAGCUACAUCAUCUGGGGCAAAAUCAUCUACUUCAAAAAACAAUACCUCCCUCACUGCACAUGGAAAGCCAGUGACAGAUAGUCCUAACAAACCUCUCAAGGCCCAGAACACUGUAUCUUCUGCUUGCCUCUCAAGUGAUACUGAGAACACAAGGAGUUCCUCCACUGCAGAAAGUGCUGGCGAGCAAAGGAAGGUGAAACGGAAACUGAAGGCAUCGUUAAGCCAGCAGGAGGCAAAUUCCCAAGAUAGCCCGAGGGCACAGAAAAACUUGCAGCUGAAUGGACACGAUGGACACAGUUCAAAUUAUGUGGUCAGAAGAGGUCGAAAACCAAAGGCAAUGACCCCCGCAAAGGCAGCAUCUGUUGUAAUUUCAGAAACUGAUGUGAAGCGCCCUGGCAAAAAAAGGGGACGUAAAAGCAAAAAAGAAUUGGAAGCCAUGAGAGCAAAUGAGCUACAAAAUAGAGCUACAACGACAGAGGAAGAGGAAAGGGACCAGUCGACCAGUGAUGAGGCAGGCACCUCUUCUGCUGCGGCAGACACUAGCUCUGAGCAAGGUCCUAUAGUACAGAAGUCCCGCCGAGGCAGAAAACCCAGAAGCAUGAAAGCACCACCAGAAAUGCCUCCUGCACCCACUGCAGUGAGCCCAAAGAUGCAAACACGAAGCAGUGGGAAGAUUGAAGGACCCGUAGAGCGAAUGGAGGAGGAGGAGGAGGAGGAGGAAGAGGAAGAAGAAGGGGAGGAGGAGGAGGACGAAGAAGAAGAGGAGGAGGAGGAGGAGGAGGAGGAGGAUAAUGAGAGGACCGAAGAGGAGGUUGAGGGGGUUCAGGAAGAGGGCACCGACAAAAGCUCUAAAUUCCCCAUGAGAACCAGAAAUCAGGGUCGAAGGACAGCUUUUUACAAUGAAGACGACUCUGAAGAAGAGCAGAGGCAGCUGCUGUUUGAAGAUUCGUCUUUAACCUUUGGGACUUCCAGUAAGGGGCGAGUUCGGAAAUUGACUGAAAAGGCAAAAGCAAAUCUAAUUGGCUGGUAAACCACAACCUAAAACUAAAGAAUAAACUAACAGAAAGACUUUGGUAACUUUUGCUCUGUGAUCUCCAGGUAAAAGCUACGGCACUUGAGGACACUGCAAUUAUUGCUGCUAAUUUUGUAUAUUCAUUGGUUAACCUACCUACUUUAGGACCAAAAUCGGGCCCUUUGCCCAAACUUUGAUAUACAAUAUUUUCCCCUUUUUAAUUAAUAUGGUCUUGAACGUGAUAAUACUAAAUACCCAGAGUAUAAAAGUAUGUUUUAUAAUUAAAACUACCAACAGGCUUUUAGAUACAAGCAAACCUGUUGUUUUAAAGUUAGGAAAUGUUGGUUAACAGUGGCCUGACUUAAAGUAAAUAUCAAUGUAAAUUACACAUGAAAAGCUCUUCUGUUAUCUGUUUGAAAACAGCUCCUUCUUGGGUUUAAUAACCUUUACUUGGGUCUGUAUACAUUUUAUAAGCCAAGGACCACGUACCAGUGGAAGAGUCAUUCCAGAAGUGUUCCCUUACCUUUUCAGAAAGUUUAGGAGUUCAUUUUUUAUGCUCAUGUUAAAUAAGAAUUUAUAGAAUAGAGAAUUAUUGUGAUCUACUGAAAGUCUGACUUUGCAGAUUACAUACAAAGCUAAUCAUUCACCAGGGCCAGUGUCAUUUAUGUGCAUUGAGUUUUAAGACUUUUUAGUUUAAAAUACUUGUAAUCAAUCAUAUACAGAAUCGUAUUUAUUAUGUACUCUUAGAUGAAGCUGUAGAUAUGGCUCCCAAACGUAAUACAUUUUUAGUUUACACUAUUGGUUUUUUCAAAGGUGAAUCACAGAUAACCACCAUUGCGUGGGAGUGCCACACAGGUUAUAUGUACAUACCUUGCAUGUUGCCACAUUUCCAGAUUGAUGCAUUUCUUAUGUUUCAGCUGACGGCUGAAUGGACUUGGUGUGUGAUCAACAACAUACAUAAAUGAUAUAAACAAGGAGGAACUGUUUUUCAAAGAUAUGGUGAAAAAAGGCAAGAUGCAAGAAAAAAUAUCCCUGCUUUUAAAACCUUUGCAGACCCAAUUAAAGGACUGUAACAUUAAAAAAAAGUGAUGAAGACAUGGAUAGUACAGUUUUCAAGUACUCCAAUCUCAAGUUUUAUUCUUUUUGUGGAAAAGCCAGCUGACUUGAACAUCAUAUGUCACAACAACUACAGAUCUAAGGCCACAGGAUUCCAGGUAUGAAGAGCAUUUUAUGCCAAGCUGCAGCUCCUGACCAGAUAAAUCUAUGGACUAGAUCUUAGCUGUAACAGUGUUGAGACUGUUCAACUGUAAAUGUAAAACAAAAGGAACUUUGAAUGUGCACAGACAGACAGGCACUUGGGUGAAGUGCAAACAUCCUCCUUCAAGAUACUUCCACCAUGUUGUGUAGCAUCAUCUUUGGUUUGCCUGCAAUAACUGACAUACACCAAGACAAUUACAACUUACAUUUGGAGAAGUUUAUGAAAAAUGUGUGGAUUUUACCACAAAAAAAUUGCUUUGAUGCAACCCUAGUCACUGGCAGAAAAUUAAUGUUUCACAUUGGUGAAUACAAGUAAAUACAAGUAAAAAAAAAAAAA